AUCUCUUAAAUUAAACACAUAUUAAUUCAUAUUAAUAACAAUCUGAUUAGUUAUUGAGAAAGUCCGAACUACGCCUAAUUUUUUAGAAAAACUUUACUUCCUGGAUUAUAUAGUCAUAUUAACAGUUUUGAACUAAACUAAUCUGAAUUUUGACGAUUGUGUUUUUAAAACUAGUGAACUCUAUUCUGGACAUUUUACUAAAUGACAUGAAUAAAAGUACAAUGAUCUCAUCAAUGUAAUAAACACUUAUCGUAUGAAUUCACCAUAGCAAUUAAAAGAAAGAUCAUUGCAGUAAUUAAAACACCUGAUGAUAAACUGGAAUAACAAGCUAUCAGGAUGGAUCUCCCAGAUAUUAUGAAAAAUUUGAAAAUACAAAAUUCUGAAGCCCCAAAUAAUUUAUUUAAAUCAGUGAGUGCUGAAAUAGAUGAUGUCACUACUGAUAUAGUGAUAGCAGAAUGUAGUGAUAAAGUGUUUUUAGUUGUAUCUCAGUAUCAAAAAAUGGGAAGUAUGCUAAUGGUUGUCAGAGAUCGAAUCAACGGUCCUCAUGGCAUUGAAGAUGUGUAUUCAACAAAAGUUGUUUUUGGUGAUUCAGGGGAAGAGCAUCAAGCAGCAGCAAGAUUCUUAGCUGAAACAGUGGAUAUAUUAUCAAAACCACUUUGCAUUUUCAUCAACUUAAGGUCAUAUGACAUUGAAACACUGAAAGCUUGUAGAGAUAUCAUUUUGGACUUCAAAAAAGAAGAUACAGAAUGUCAGCAAUGACAAAUAAAAGAUUCAAACCAACACAAACCUUCUAUGGUCAAUUAGUCCUUGGUCCUCCUGGAGCUGGGAAAACCACAUAUUGUAUGAAAAUGUCUGACAUGCUAAAAACAUUAGGUAGGCAAGUGAUAAUUGUUAACCUGGAUCCAGCAAAUGAUACAAUGAAUUACAAACCUGACAUUGACAUAAGGGAGUUAAUUGUUUUGGAAGAAGUAAUGGAACAGAUUGACCUUGGACCAAAUGGUGCAUUAUUAUACUGCAUGGAAUACCUGGAAAGUAACAUUGACUGGCUCUUAAAUCAACUACAUGGGGAUAAUGGAACUACUUUUCUGUUUGACUUACCAGGUCAAGUAGAACUUUAUUGUCAUCAUAAAAGUUUAUCCAACAUUGUUUCAAAAUUAACAAAUGUCAGUAAUAUGCUGUUGUGUGUAGUGCAUUUAAUUGAUUCCCAUCACUGCUCUGAUGCUGGUAAAUUUAUAGCAGCUCUUAUGUUAUCUUUAAGUGCAAUGUUAAAUAUUGGAUUGCCUCAUAUUAAUCUCUUAACUAAAUCAGAUUUAUUAAAAAAACAUUAUGAAAAGUUAAAUUUUAGUUUAGAUUUUUAUACAGAAGUUUUAGACCUAAACUAUCUAUUAGACUGUUUAAAUUGUGAUAAUUUUACUAAUAAAUACAAAAAACUCAACAGUGCCUUUAUAUCUAUAAUUGAAGAUUACAGUCUAGUAACAUUUCAACUUGUAAAUAUGAUGAACGAAAAAAGUUUAGCCAGUGUGAAGAAUCUUGUUGACAAAGCAAAUGGUUAUGUUUUUAAAACAGAAGAAGGUAGGCACAUUAAUAGUAUGUUAGCAUGUGCAAUGGGUGUUGGAGAGCCAGCUAAUUUUACUGUGGAUCUUGAAUAAAUAUUGUAGAAACACAUUAAAAUUUGUUUUACUGAAUAUCUGUCAUCAUCUAGUUUUGCCCUUAACACAUUUUUUUGAGCUUGACAGUGUUCUAUUAGAAUAUACAUUAAUCGAAACAAAUA